CUGGCAUUGGAUAUUUCCGCUAGUACUUUUAUAAACUGUUGUAUAAAGUAUUUCAUUUAACUGAUGUUACCAGGAUUUUCCAUUAAAAAUUGUUAAAUUAAACUAAAACCUUCUUUUGUAGGUUCUGGGUGUGACAGAAAAGGAGUUCCUAGAAGGUAUGGGGGUCUACUUCGUCUCCUUCGUCGGUCACUACGGCUAUGAUAGAGUUCUCUCCGUUCUCGGUCGGCAUAUGAGGGACUUUCUGAAUGGCUUGGACAACCUACACGAGUAUCUGAAAUUCAGCUACCCCCGAAUGAAAGCGCCAUCUUUCUUCUGCGAGAGGGAAACCUCCUCAGGUCUAACACUCCAUUAUAGAAGCACCAGAAGGGGUUUCUUAUGGUAUACCAUUGGACAGAUCAAGGAAGUGGGACGGCAUUUUUACAACACCGCUGUGGAUGUACACGUAUUGAGCCACGAGAGCUCUGUGGGUGCUAUUCAUGUCAUAAUGCAGCUGUCUUUCGACAACAGAGCUUUUCAGCUGGAAGAGAACCGAAACACGCAGCGCAUCGACCGCAUCAUGUUACCCAUCAAGGCUUUUCUCUUCCUUGAAAUCUUCCCAUUCUGCCUCGUCUUUGACUCUGGUCUUUACAUCAAGACUAUCGGCAAGAGUCUGCGAGCCAUCAUGCCGGAUAUCGCCGGCCGGAAGUUGCCAGAAGUCUUCGAUCUUACCAGGCCGCUUAUUGAAUGUACCUGGGAAGCAAUUCUAGUCCAUUCGAACAACAUUUUUGAACUAAGUUCGGUGCAACCAAUAAGAAAUCAUGACAGCAAUGGUAAUCAGCUACCGGGACCUGACGAUUCCGAAGAAGACGACAACGAUGACGUCAGUGAGUACGUCUCUAGAUUGGUGGAAUUUCCUUCUUGGCUCAAGUGACCAAUUUCAGUCAAAAAAAAUAGUUAAAUAAAUAAAUAAACUUAUCUUAAUAACUAAUGACUUUCAACCUUUGGUGUUGGUCUGAACUGAAAUGCAUUCAUGCAUUUUUAUCUUGGAUCUUGGAUCAUAUCUUUACUGCUGGCUUUAGCUACUAGGAGCUCUUACCAGUAUAUUAUCAUUUUACCAUAGGCCAUAAAGUUAAAAAUUUAAGAGGUGUA